AUGAAACUCAAAGAAAAGUUGAGACAAAGGUAUCUCAGUUACGGACCAAUGUUUACACCACUUGCAGAAGAAGACGUUGAUAUAGUUGAUGAAGGACCUUCCAUCGCGGUCGCGUCUUCACUUCCUGGAAAGGGAAAAGUGCCUGGUCUGCCUGAGUGGAUUGUACCAGCUGAGUAUUUCGAUUUUGUUCUAGCUAUCAAGUGUGAAGGAUGGCCACUUUGUGCCCAAGAAUGGCCAAAUCGAUCAAGAUGUUGGCCUACGCAAGAUAUUGUCCACAAAAUCAUUAAAGAUGGCUUCCAUAUUGUCUGCAAGAGUUCUGUCAAAGGAACUUUUAGGCUCUCAUUUUCCAACGCAGAAAGAAUUCUCGUCGGAAACCUUACUGAUCUACAACAUAAAGUAUACCGUGCUCUCAAAGCCUUUGUACAUCAUUAUAAACAUCAGUGGAGUCCAAAUAUCAAGAAUAUAUUCUGUUCCUAUCACUUGAAGACAAUUGUGUUGUGGUAUUGCGAGAAAUCUGGGCCGAGAGGCUGGAGUGAAAAUACAGUUGUCAUUCAUUUGUUGUCACUUAUAGAUGAUCUGAUAAUGGCUCUGAGAGAACGAACGUUGCCAAUGUACUUCAUGCCAAAGUAUAAUUUACUUGAACACAUGGAAGAUGGAAAUGACGUCGCUGAUAAGAUAAUGGAAUUGCGUUGGGAUAUUGGUCAAAUUUCCGAUGGGAUAAUUUCCGAAGAACCAGACGAAGAAGCAGCGUUUAAUGUACUUAAAAGCAUGGAACUCGAUAAAUUUGCUGAAGUGUAUCAAAAAUGUCUAGAGAAGGGGAGAUUUGAAACCAGCGACUUUAUUGAACAUUUUAAUGAGAGAUUAAACAGCAUAAAUGAGUUUUGGAUGAAAUCCAAAAAUUCAAUUUUCUCCCGAAAAAUUUUACGGUGA